AUGGGCAGCGUCACACCGACCAGCGAGGACCUCGGUGAGCUCACAUACCAGCUUGAUCGAGCCAACGUCUUUCACUCGUGGAGUGCCCAAGCAGCACUCAACCCACUGGCCAUUGCAGGAUCAUCGGGCAGCGAGGUGUGGGACUACUCCGGCAAGCGCUAUCUGGAUUUCUCUUGCCAGCUUAUCUACACCAACAUUGGCCAUGGCCACCCCAAGGUCGUCGCGGCCAUUAAGCAGCAAGCGGAAACACUGGCCACUAUAGCUCCAGCCCACGCCAAUCUCGCUCGUGGAAGGGCCGCCGAGCUGAUACUCAAGCACGCCAAUGGGCUCCACCCCGACGACAAGUUCUUCCACAAGGUCUUCUUCACCAAUGCUGGGGCUGACGCCAAUGAGAACGCAAUUCGCAUGGCAAGGUUGACAACCGGCAGGGAUACAGUGCUCUCAACUUACCGCAGCUAUCACGGCAGUACGGGGGCGGCCAUCUGCGCGACUGGGGAUUUCCGCCGAGUCCCCAAUCAGUUUGCUCGGGGCCACACCCACUUCUUCGGCCCAUACCCCUACAGAUCAGAGUUCUGGUCAACCUCGCCAGAGCAAGAGAAUGAGCGGGCACUGCAUCAUCUUCGGAGGGUCAUCGAGUGCGAGGGUCCCGCCUCCAUCGCAGCUAUUAUUCUGGAGACGAUUCCCGGGACGGCAGGCGUCAUAGUACCUCCGUCUGGAUGGCUUGGAGGCGUGCGGAAGCUGUGCGACGAGUUCGGCAUCGUGCUGAUCUGCGAUGAGGUUAUGGCCGGUUUUGGGCGGACGGGCGACUGGUUCGCGUGGCAGAACAAGGAGCUGAACCCAGAGGCCAUCACUCCCGACCUCAUUACGUUCGCAAAGGGCGUCAAUGGUGGUUACGUCCCCGCUGGCGGUGUGAUCAUCUCCCAAGCUAUAUCGCACGCCUUCGAUGAGCGCUCAUACCCGGGAGGCCUGACCUACUCAGGACACCCGCUUGCCAUGGCGGCCAUUGUGGCUACCAUCGAGGCCCAGGAGCAAGAGCGGAUACCCGAGCAUGCCGCUACCAUCGGGAAGGAUGUUCUGGGUCCUGGUCUGCGCAAGCUUGCUGAAAAGCACCGGCUGAUCGGAGAAGUGCGAGGUCUCGGCGUUUUCUGGGCGCUGGAUCUGGUAUCGGAUCCAGUAACCAAGAAGCCGGUAUCUGCGGACGUAGUCGCGAAGAUAAAGGCUGAGAGUCAAAAGAGAGGUUUGAUUUCGUUCUUUGUCGAGAACAGAGUACACAUCGUGCCACCGUGCAACGUAUCCAAGGAGGACGCGGAAAAGGCAUUGGCUAUCUAUGACGAGGCUCUCACUGCAGUAGAAGCGGGCCUGUAG